AUGCUUAAGAGAACUAUUUUGUGCACAGCGCUCGUUUCAAUUGCAACUGCAAAUGAUCUCGCAUCAGUGAUUAAUGAAAAUCCUUCCUUAAAGUCCUACUACUCUGAAUUAUUUGGUGAAAAUUGGCAGAAGACAGUACUGGAGCUUUAUUCUGGUCUACAGUACGCAGCGGUUGCUUCAGAGUACGCGGCCUAUUCUAUUACAGGUGAGGCUACAGGUAUCACCUCUGCUGAUGGUGUAAAAGCAGAGGCAUCUGCAGCUUCAGCCGGAUCUGGGACUGCUUCAGGCUCAACUACCAAAGUGAGUGGAAGUUCUGCAUCAACUGGAUCUACUUCUGGAAAGUCAGCAACAGGCAGUUCAACCACCUCUAGCUCUUCAAACGCCGGAGUCUACUCCGUGGCAAUUCCAGUCGGUGGGGUCUUAGCUGCCUUGGUCGCUCUCUUUUAG